AUGUACUCCGAUCCAUCCAUUGCUGUCGAAAGUACACAAGUACAGUGUGGAAAAUUCAAAGCACCUUUAUGCUACUCUGACGUAUGUUCAGCGCCAUCAAGUGUAAACCAGACAAUUGAGCUUUUUGUCAAGCUCAUUCCAGCAAAUGAACCUGAGACAGCUAUGAACAUUUGGAUGCUCGGAGACCAAAUCGGGGCAGCCUCUGACUCUAUGGAAGCAGCGAUGGUUCAAUUGACAAAUAAACUAAAUGGAUCUGUGAACAUCUACACGAUGGACCCUCGUGGUAGUGGGAGAAGUACACGUUUGGAUUGUGCAGUGAGAACAAAUAAUCCUCUUGGAUAUAAAAUGGACCCAUCUCAAGUUGCGUCGUGUGCUCAAAAGUUAGAACGCACGUUUGGAAAUCUUGCUGCAUUUUCGCCGACAAGUGCAGCGCAUGACCUCUUUAAUUUGAUUUCGAAGCUUUCCAAUGGAGCCGACACAAUUUUGUAUGGCACGAUAUACGGAGCACUAUUAGUAGAGCGUGUCAUGCAUCUCGCCCCUCCUGACGUCACCGGAUACGUUCUCGACGGACCAAUAAGUACAACGGGGUCAUACUAUUAUCAAUCAAAUGCGGACCGCGACGCUGGCGAAGUGGCUGACGCUUUUAUGGAGCUCUGUGAUCAAGAUCGCGUCUGCAGCUCCCAUUUCAAGGAUACACUAGCAGCUACAAUUCAAGAAAUUAUAGACAAUUUCGACAAUCAAGCUGACUCACCAUGCUUCGAGUUGAUGGGCUCAAUCAAAGUGAAUUUGCAAAACGCUUCGGCCUCAAGUUAUCUUCGGUUAACAAAUUCAAUCAUGUUAUCCACAGUAUUGUAUACAUGGAUUCCUCAACUUGUCUAUCGACUCAAGCGUUGUCAGCUUCAAGACGUCAAGAUAUUAAAGAAAUUUGUAAAGUUCUUAAACGCAUAUGACUAUAGCGAAAGCCCACUAUACUCAAUUACGUUGCAAGGUCUGAUCAAUUACUCAGAGUUCUGGGAAAAACCAACACCUUCGUUGGCAAUAUUGAAGAAGCGUUUUACGGAUUCUACUGCCGGUGAGGGUACGUACGAUGAACUUCCUCUAUACUGUGCUUUCUCAAAAGAACAAUCGAAGGCGUGUGCUAAAUAUGAUUUCGGCAAGUACAAAGCUCAAGGAAUCAUUUACAAGCGUGAUCAAUACUGGAAUGCAAGUGUUUCUAUUCCCAAUCAGGCUAGCGUUUUGGUGCUGAGCAGCAAGUUGGACAUGGCUGCACCGCACAAGUACACACAACGGCUUCUAGAAUCUCUAGAUGGCGACAAUAAAAAGCUGAUCUCCUUCGAUUUUGGAAGCGGGGGGACACUGUCUACAACAUUUGUUGAUUUGAGAUCUUUUGAAAAGGACACUUGUGCACUAGAGGUGCUUGCUUCGUACAUCCGCAAUAAUGGUGACUUAGCCAGCCUAGAUCAAUCGUGUUUGGACAAGAUGCCAGAAUUCGAAAUGAUUCUUGAGGACUUCAAUGCAGACCACCUCAUGACGCUUAUCAACACAACAAUUUAG